UAACGUCGUUGAAUCGGAGCUCUACAAUGUUGUCCGAGUUUCAAAUUGGAUGAACGUUAUAAACGAUGUUCCCAGUCGGUUGUCGUUUCCCCCCAAGUUCCCGGUAGUCUUGAAAGCACUUGAUUAGGUUAUUCCCCUUGCAUCAUUUUGACAGUUCCGAUCUUUUAUUUCGCAGUUGUUUUGAACGUGGUGUAAUGCCAAACGCUGUUUCAGUGUUCAUUUAAUGAAAUUGUUUGCACGAUGACGAUGGAUUUAACUUUUCUGGGGACUGGAUCGGCAUACCCUUCUCCUCAUCGUGGUGCUUCUGCAAUGGUGCUUCGAACAGAAGGGGAAUGUUGGCUGUUUGACUGUGGAGAAGGGACACAAACUCAAUUGAUGAAGAGUCAGUUGAGGUCCAGCAGAAUCACCAACGUGUUCAUCUCUCACCUGCAUGGUGACCACCUCUUUGGUCUUCCGGGGCUACUGUGCACUGUGAGCCUAAACCUCAACCCCUCUCCCGUCCAGCCUCCAACAUGUGUAAACAUCUAUGGCCCCCGGGGUCUCCGGCAGUUCCUCCGGGUGGCAUUACAGCUCACCAGCUCCCAGCUUGUUUUCCCCUACGCAGUACAUGAGCUUGAAUCCACCACCGACCAGUGUCCUCCAGAGGGGCAUCUGAGCCCUGAAGUCACAGCAGAUUCUGGAUGUCUCCAUUCCCAGGAGCUCCCCGGCCGAACGAUAGCCCUGGAUGUCAGUAGUGACUGCUAUGUUCUGCUGGAGGACAAGCGCUUUGUUGUGAAGGCGUUCCGUUUGUUCCAUCGUGUACCCUCAUUCGGGUUCUCUGUUCAAGAACAUGAUCGGCCUGGGCGUUUGAAAACGGAGCUACUGAAAGAGCUUGGCUUGAAGCCCGGACCUCUCUAUGGUCGACUGAAAGCCGGCGAGUCGGUGACAUUAGAAACUGGACAAGUGGUGAAUCCCAUUGAGGUGCUGGAAAAAGCCACCCCGGGACGAAAAGUAUGUGUUUUAGGGGAUUGCAGCUCGCUACUGGGCGAGGGGCCCCUGGGAGCCUGUCACAGAGCGGACGUCCUGGUGCAUGAGGCCACCCUGUCAGAUGAACACAGGGACAAGGCUGUGGACCAUGGGCAUAGCACACCUAGCAUGGCGGCAGCAGUGGCGUUGGCCUGUAGCGCACGGUCACUGGUGCUCUACCAUUUCAGUCAGAGGUACAAACCGGCUGGGCAGCACAAAGAGGGCGAUGAGGACGAUGUCUCGGAGCUCAGGAGGCAAGCUGAGGAAGCACUGCAGGGCACGGACAUAAAGGUUUCCCUAGCGGAGGACUUUCUUACUAUACCGAUACCGCUUGCGAGGCCUCACUGAGGUUUCAAGUUAAUUGAAAGCUGUUCACAACAGCGCCAAGGAGGUUGUGACUGAAAUAAUGAAUGUAUGGUGUCUGGGGAAUAUUUGUUGACUGUCUGAAUUGAAAAGAAAACAAGUAUUGACAUGUUAUCAUAGCUGUACUCCCUGAUAGGAUUCUUCACGCUAAAAGAAUAAACAACUUCGCUGUGUGUUGGAAUCCACCUAGAUGGAAUGGUGCAAUUCAAAUUACAAUACGUUAUGACAUUUAUUGUUUUAAAAUUGUUCUAGUUCUCUCCAUGUCGUUAAUAGUUUCACAUUUUUUAUAAAUGUCUUUAUUUGUACGCAUUAUUCAUAUGCAUUGGUCUGUCAAAUCAUAUUUUCUUGUAAAAUGUUUUGUCUUUACAUGAAUGUAUUUAUUUACUUUAGUCUAAAUCAUGACUUAGUAGUGUAACUCCUUUUAUCCAUUUUACCGGUUAAGAACUUUGAAAUGCA